AUGGCUCCAGUCACAGUGGAGCGCAUUGAGGCGCCUGUCACCGUCAGGGCUUACCUAAUGUGUGCCUUUGCUGCCUUUGCUGGUAUUCUGUUCGGUUACGACUCUGGAUACAUCAACGGAAUCAUGGGUACUCAAGUGUUUAAGCAAAAAUUCGGAAGUUUCACUGGUGUUACGGACUCGACUGCCAAUGGCUACAGCGUCGCUAGUGGCACCCAAUCGCUCAUUGUUUCCAUUCUCUCUGCCGGUACCUUCUUCGGUGCUAUCUUCUCUGGUGCUCUCGCAGAUUGGAUCGGUCGCCGCACGACCAUCAUCGCCGGAUGUGGUGUCUUCACUGUCGGUGUCAUCCUCCAGGUCGCCUCUACUACCGUACCUCUGAUCGUCGUCGGACGUCUGAUCGCUGGUGUUGGAGUUGGUUUCGUCUCGGCCAUCAACAUUCUGUACAUGUCAGAGGUCGCUCCUCGCAAGGUCCGCGGUGCCAUUGUGUCAUGCUACCAAUUUGCUAUCACCAUCGGUCUCAUGCUCGCUUCGAUCGUCACCUACGCCUGCCGCAACUACACCAACACUGGCGCCUACAGGAUCCCGAUUGCCAUUCAGUUCGCCUGGGCCUUGAUACUCGCCACCGGUCUCUUCCUCCUCCCCGAGUCUCCUCGUUACUACGUCAAGAAGCAGCAGCUUGACAGAGCCGCCAAGGCUCUCGGCCGUGUUCGUGGUCAGCCCUCUGAUAGUGCCUACAUUGUCGAUGAGCUUGCAGAGAUCCAGGCCAACUUCGAGUAUGAGAUGUCGGUCGGCGAAGUCAGCUGGCUGGGCAUGUUCACUGGUGGUAUCUCCAACCGCAACUCCAAUAUUCGCAAGGUUUUCAUCGGUGUCGUCCUCCAGAUGAUGCAGCAAUGGACCGGUGUGAACUUCAUCUUCUACUUCUCGACCUCCUUCUUCACCUCGAUUGGUAUCGAGAAUGCCUUCCUUAUCUCCAUGAUCACCACCAUUGUCAACGUCUGCUCCACUCCUCUGUCUUUCUGGACCAUUGAGCGCUUCGGUCGUCGCCCUCUCCUGAUCUACGGUGCCAUCGGCAUGUGUGUCUGCGAGUGGAUUGUUGGUAUCACUGGUACCGCUGAUGCAGGCUCUCGCGCAUCUCAGAUCGUUCUCAUCCUGUUCACCUGUAUCUACAUCUGCUUCUUCGCCCAGACCUGGGGUCCUACGGCUUGGGUCUCGAUCGGAGAGAUUUUCCCUCUCCCCAUUCGUUCCAAGGGUGUUGCCAUCUCGACUUCUUCUAACUGGUUUUGGAACUGCGUGAUCGCUGUGAUCACUCCUUAUCUCGUUGGAGAAGAUGAGGCCAACCUGGGUCCCAAGGUCUUCUUCCUUUGGGGUUCUACUUGCGCCAUCUGCAUUCUUUUCGCAUACUUCUUCGUGCCCGAGACCAAGGGACUUUCGCUCGAGCAAGUCGACAAGAUGAUGUCCGAGGUCUCCGCUAGACAAUCAGCUGGCUGGGUUCCUCAUGACACUUUCGCCCAGGAGAUGGGCAAGGAUUCUGCUGCCAUCGAGGAGGUCGUCCACGAGUCCAAGGUCUAA